AUGGCUUCUUCAAACAACACAAGUUUCUUUCUCCCUCGUGAGGAGUUUGUCAAAGUGCAUGAAGAUGACUUGCUCGACUUCACAAAACUACAGGCGCUUAUCGCCCAGAUGGAAGCAGAAAAGAAACAACUACAGGAAAAGAUAAACAUAGAAAAUGAAGAAACACAAUUGUCAAAAAGUAACAAGUUAGUAAAUGAAUCACUGGUGGUGCUUGAUGAUGUUAUUAAGGAAGCAGAAUCAUAUUCUGAAAAAAUGGAGACUAAUUUAUUAGAAAUGAAUGAAACCCAAGAAGAACUGCAGAAGUGUCUUGGCACAAUGUACUUGGCAGAGACCAAGAUACAGUACACAAAAGUAUUGCAGGAUAUAGACAAAUUAAAUGUGGGCUUGAAAAAGGAGUACAUGAGCAAUGACGAUGAGAAGUGUGCCACUUUGUUUGCGAAUUUAUGUGAGAUUGGCCGAAUUUUACAUGAAAGUAAAGCUAGCCACCUAAAGCAGUACCUGAAAGAUGUGCUUAUUUACUGGCACACGGUUCUGAAGGAUAAAUUUGUUGAUGCUUUUGAUGAUAUAUUGAAAACGAUCAAAUGGCCGUUUGUGAAUGCCAACUUUUCGUUGAUUUCGCCUUCACAAGCGCAUAUAACAAAGCUACAAAUCAUCGCUGAGUAUUUACUGCAAAUUGAGAUGCCUGAAGAGCAUCAGACGCCGUUGAUUGUACCGGGUUUACUCGCGGAUUUUCCACCGCUGUGUUUACCGAUACAUUAUUUGUUACAACCGCUGCGGAAGCGGUUUUCGUAUCAUUUCUACGGCAGCCGGCAGACAAAUCGCAUUGACAAACCUGAGUGGUAUUUUACACAGGUUCUGUCGUGGAUACGAGAUCAUGUGGAUUUCGUUACGAAGUGGAUACAGCCUAUUAUUGAUAAAUUAGGCCUGCAUCACAUAGAUGCGAAGUUGGAACUUAUGCGUGGAUUGGUUCAACUCGCCGUCGAAAAAUUGCAUUCCGAACUGCCGAACCUGCGCUAUGAUGAUUUCACUUUCUCGCAUUCGAUUGACGAAGCACUUGGUUUCGAUAAAGAACUGCGCGAAACUUAUUGUUAUCCGAAUAACGAACCGAGUAUUCUCAACGUGUUAACGCAGGGUUCUAUUUUCAACCAAUGGAUAAAAAUGGAGCGAAAAUACGCUUUGGAGAAGAUGGACACCAUGCUGAAUCACCUAUCAACUGCAUUCGAUCCGCUGGCGGCUGAAGAGGAAGAAUUCAAAAUUACAAUCUGUGCUGAUACAUUUGUGACUCUUCUGCAAACAAUCACAGAGCGAUAUGAAUCGCUACCGCAACCCGGCCAUCGCCUGCAGUUUUUGGACCUACAAAUUGAAUUGCUCGACAAUUUCCGUAUCAGACUGUUACAACUCGCGAAUUCAGCCGAUGACCGCAAAGACUUAAUGGAGAGCAAGGUCGCGUCCAUUGCGAACACCACAUACUACAUUGAGAAUGUUUUACUGGACUGGGGAAACAUGCUGCAUUACUUGAACUUAUAUUACUAUAAGAACCGCUUGGAAUUGGCGAAAACUGAAAUGCAACCGCCACCUGAUGAUAAUGAUAGCUUCGGGCCAGGAUUUGAAAUAGAAAUGGAUACAGUCUUCGCGGACACGCUGAGUCUCUUCAGACAUAUGCGGCGGGAUCUUCUACGGACUCUCGCAGAGGCGGUGGUACAUGAAGCGAAGCUGAAAGCGUACAGUUACACACGCGAACGUUGGUCUACAAUGAUGUACCAUCGAGAUUUGCGCGAGUUCAGUUUAACGCCGAGCGCGUGUCCAAUGUUCGAAGUACUCGCGCGGCGCCUCCAUCAACUACAAAAGUCGCUCGCUGUCAACUUAUUCACGAUUGUGUGGCGGUACAUUGCCCAAGAACUGGACAACUACCUCUUUGAAGAUCUUGUCCUUUACAACAGCUUCAAUGAGGGCGGCGCAAUGCAGCUUAAAUACGACGUGCAGCGUAAUUUAUUCCCGCUGUUUUCGCAAUUCAGCGAAAAACCCGAAAAUUAUUUUUCACAAUUGAAAGAAAGCUGUGAAUUAUUAAACAUUUCCAGAGGUUCGGCGCUCUUGCUGCGCGAGACACUUAUCGCGCUGGAGGGUGCGACAGGUGUGGAAGACAGACGCCCCUUGGCCCUGCAAGAAGUCGGCGUUUACAACUUCACACCGCAGAUGGCGGUGCAGAUUCUAUGCCGGAGACGCGUCGACAACCCAAUCGAGAAUCGCAUCUCGUCGAUAGACUAAAUUCGCUGUUGUUAAAGUUACAAAUAUUUAAUAAACUCGUUAUUUAAACCUC